GUUUAAGUUAAAUAAGUAAACUUUUAUGUUUAGUAUUUAAAACUGUAUUAAAAAAAUCUAUUAGGUGACUUUAUUAUGGAAUACUCCUCAAGAACAAAGCGUCGAAAAGCGAAAAAUGCUGUUGAUUCAAUAUUUUCAAAGAUAGUAACAGAAAAGUUUCAAAAUGAAGUAUAUGUUAACAAAGCAUUACCACUACCAACUUCUGAAUUAUCUUUGCCUAAUGAAUUAUCUAAUGCUUUACUUAAUGCUUCAGAAAUAAGUGAUAUAAAUGAAGCAAAUGUCAUUGAUAACACUUCUGAUAAUGAGUUUAAAUUUUCAUCAGAUGAGGAAUCUGAAAAUGCCUCUUACACAGAAGAAAAUUCUUUUAGUGAAUUAAGUGAUAGCGAAUUUGAUAUCAAAGACAGAUUAUGUAAUUGGUGUUCUUCCUACAAUAUUUCUCAUGCAGCAAUGUCAGAUCUUUUGGAGAUACUCAGAUUUGCAGGUUUGCAAUUACCAAAAGAUCCAAGAUCACUACUUAGCACGCCAAAUUCUAUUCAGCUGCAAAAAAUUUCAGGGGGAAACUACUAUCAUUGUGGUAUCGAAAAUGGUAUAUUAAUAUUGUUACAACAGUAUUGUGAAUUGAUUAUCGAUGAUAAAAUUUUUAUUAACAUUAAUAUUGAUGGACUACCGCUUUUUAAGAGCUCAAAAAUGCAACUUUGGCCUAUAUUAGGAAACAUUUCACAGCUACCUCUAAGUGCUAUAUUUGUUAUAGGACUGUAUUCGGGAACAUCAAAGCCGUUAUCAGUUACCGAGUAUUUAAGAAACUUUAUUGAUGAGAUGAAAAGUUUAAUGUGUAGGGGAUUAAACUAUUUAGGAAAACAUUAUUCAGUUUAUUUAAAUGCUAUUAUAUGUGAUGCUCCUGCAAGAGCAUAUUUAAAGUGUAUAAAAAGCCAUGGUGGCUAUUAUGCUUGUGAAAGAUGCUGCCAGGAAGGUGUAUAUAUUGGACAUAAAGUAACAUACCCUGAAGUCAAUGCAAAACUCAGAACUGAUAGUGAUUUUUGUUUGCAGAUAGAUGAAGAUCAUCAUUUACCUAAUGUUGUUUCACCAUUAAUUGAGUUAGGUUUGGGAUUAGUUACUCAGGUACCAUUAGACUAUAUGCAUUUAGUUCUUUUAGGUGUACAGAAAAGAAUGAUAAGUUUGUGGAUGAAAGGAAACUUAAAGUAUCGAUUUCCAUCAAUUGUUGUAAAUAAUAUAUCAGCAAACUUACUAGAUUUACAAAACAGCAUGCCAAAAGAAUUCUGUCGCAAACCAAGAUCUUUAAGUGAUUACAAACAAUGGAAAGCAACUGAGUUUCGUCAGUUUUUACUUUAUACUGGGUCAUUGACAAUGUUUGGUAUUGUGCCAAAAGUAAUUUAUGAAAAUUUUGUAUCACUUUCUAUUGCAAUGACAUAUUUGUUAAGUCCAGAUUUAGUCAGAUAUGUAGAAUACUUAAAUUAUGUUGAAAAGUUGUUGCGCAAUUUUGUUACUAAUUUUAAAGAACUUUAUGGAGAAGCACAACUAGUUUAUAAUGUGCAUUCAUUGUUACAUAUAGUUCAAGAUGCUAAAAGAUUUGGAUCAUUAAAUAGUAUUUCGGCUUUUCCUUUUGAAAACCAGUUAAGAAUGCUUAAAAAAAUGGUACGUCGUCCACAAAACCCAAUUGCACAGAUUGUAUGUCGAAUGGCUGAGAAGUCAAACACUAUUAACUAUAAAAACAAAACAUUUGAAGGAACAUCAAAUAUAAAAGCCAUAUUCAAAAAAAAACAUACAUCAGGGCCUGUGCCACAAAGUUUGAAUCAAUAUUACUAUCAGCAAUACAGACAGUACAAAAAAGAUAAUAAAUUUGCAUCAACUGCACAAGGGGACAAUUGUUUUGAAAUUUUUGGAAAGCCAUCAGUACUAUUAAAUAUUCUUCUUAAUGAAGAUAAUGAAGCAAUUGUUGUGUAUGACACAUUUAAAGAGUUGGAGUCGUUUUUUGAAUACCCUAUAAAAUCCACUCAGUUAGAAAUAUACCUGGCUAAAAAUUUGACAGGAAAUUUAAAAAGUAUUAGCAUUUUAGAGCUUGGUCGCAAAUUUGUUAUAAUGCCUCUAAAAAGAGACUUUGUAUUAAUGCCACUUCUUCACCAAUAAAGAGCUUUUUAUUAUUUUUUUUGUUUUUGGUUUAUGCUUGUUUGAAAAAUAUUAGUAUUUUAUUAUAAUUUCAUGUUAAGUAGAGUCAUUGCAUGUUAAGUAGAAUAAUUUUUUUUUUUUACGUAUCAAUCUAAGAGUGUUUUGUAAUUAAUGGCUAAAUAAAAAUAGUGGCCACUUUUUUAAAUCACGUUAGAUAUUAAUUAGAAAUUUUCAGGACUUAUGUGCCAAGUCAAUAAGUUUCAGUGAGGGAAAACAGGUUGGGAUGGAAUGACUCUAUAUAUGUUAAAUAAUAGUUAAUAGUUGUUAAAGUUACAAUAACAAAAGUUAAUAAAAUUGUUAAAUAAAAAUCUUAGCAAUACAAUAAAACAAGAUGUAAAAUAAAUUUUUUAUACAUGGUUACUUUACACUAUUUUCUGUACAUUGUGAUUCCAUUACAUAUAUAAUAAUAGUGUUUAUUUUUUUAAAUAAUUGUUAUUGCAUUAGCCGUAUUAUUUUUAUUAUGGUUAUUGCAAUUUUUGACCAAGUGCUGUAAAUCCUAUAUUAGGCCUCAGCAAGAAUAAAUGAGUACAAAAGCGGAGAAAAGCUCUCCUGAAAUGAACUUGGGGAGCUGUGCAAGCUGCUCCUUAUUUAAAUCAGCACUUUUUUUUAAUUCUAAUUUUUUUUUUGCAACAUUAUUGUCUUUUAAAAAGCAUUUCAGUAUAUUAUGCAAUUAAUUUUUUUAAAAUGACUAUUUUAAAAAAAUUAAUUGCAUAAUAUAAGUUGUAAUGGCACCACCCACCUACGUGAUACCUACAGUGCCGGCCCUGUGUACUAGUAUAGAUUAGUGUAACAACAUGAUUUUUUCUGUAUUUCUUUAUAUUAUCUGUAUUUUAGUGUUUAAAAAAAGCUGCUGCUGCAAAAUGUACCUGCAAACAAUGUGGUAAUAUAUAAAAAUUUAAUUGCAAUAUGAAAUAGUUCUACUGGUAAGCCAACAAGCUAAGUCUAAUCUUGCAUUGAAAAAAAUUAUUGUUUGGACUUUAGGAUAGCAGCAACUUCCAAAGACCAAGAAAAAAAUUAAAGUUUUCAGAAAAAGGGAGAAUUCGCUCACCAAAAGUUGGUUACUAACGUGAUCAAGGAGGUUGUACUUGUCUUGUGGAGAAUACUAAUGGCCGUAAUAGUGCUGUAAUGACAAUAAACACAACUACAUAUGAAUCGAAGUAAAUAUAACUCCAGAAAAUUUAAACUGUAACGAGGAAUGCACAUCAAUGAUUGAAUGUGAGGGACUUGGCUUUGCGUCACAAGACUGAGAUGACAAACAAGCCAAAUGUGCUAAAGCCUUUAAAAACACAGGGCUUCAUCGAGAAGUACCUUUGCACAUAGAAUGAUGAAUAAUAUGAAAUAUAUAAUAUAUUAUAAUACAAA